AUGUGGGGAGGCCCGGGCAGCCCGGGCGGCCGCGGGGACGGGGGCGGAGCCGGGGGCACCCAGGGCACCGCCCCCCUGCGCCGGCGGAGCCGCCGCCCGAGCGCGGACCCGGGAGCCCGAGGCGGCUGCGGCGUGCGGGACCCCGAGGACACGGCCAUGCCGGGCCGGGCGGAGGCGGGCGAGGCGGAGGAGGAGGCCGGGGUCGGCUCCGGGUCCGAGGCGGAGGAGGACGCGCUGUGGGAGCGGAUCGAGGGCGUCCGGCACCGGCUGACGCGCGCCCUGAACCCGGCCAAGCUCACGCCGUAUCUGCGCCAGUGUCGGGUCAUCGACGAGCAGGACGAGGAAGAGGUGCUGAGCACCUACCGCUUCCCGUGCCGCGUCAACCGCACCGGGCGCCUGAUGGACAUCUUGCGCUGCCGAGGCAAGAGGGGCUAUGAGGCCUUGGAAGCCCUGGAGUUCUACUACCCCGAGCACUUCACGCUCCUCACCGGCCAGGAACCUGCCCAGCGUUGCUCCAUGAUCCUCGAUGAGGAGGGACCUGAGGGCCUGACCCAGUUCUUGAUGACUGAGGUGAGGCGACUGCGGGAAGCUCGCAAAGGCCAGCUUCAGCGGGAGCAGCAGCUGCAGGCCCGUGGCCGGGCACUGGAGGAAGAGCGGGCAGGGCUGGAGCAGCGGCUGCGGGAGCAGCAGCAGGCCCAGGAGCGCUGCCAGCGGCUGCGGGAGGACUGGGAGGCGGGCAGCCUGGAGCUGCUGAGGCUCAAGGAUGAGAACUACAUGAUUGCCAUGCGGCUGGCCCAGCUCAGCGAGGAGAAGAACUCGGCCGUGCUGCGCAGCCGUGACCUGCAGCUGGCGGUGGAUCAGCUGAAGCUCAAAGUCAGCCGGCUGGAGGAGGAAUGUGCUCUGCAAAGAAGGGCCAGGGGGCCGCUGCCCGUGGCCGAGGAGAAAGAGAAGGAGAGGGAGCCUGACAACACAGACUUGCUCUCGGAGCUUAGGGCCGAGAACCAGCGGCUGACAGCGUCACUGCAGGAGCUACAGGAGGGCCAGCAGCAGGAGGCGAGCCGGCCAGGGGCCCCGGGCUCUGAGCGCAUCCUCCUGGAUAUCCUGGAGCAUGACUGGCGGGAGGCACAGGACAGCAGGCAGGAGCUAUGCCAGAAGCUGCACGCUGUGCAAGGCGAGCUGCAGUGGGCCGAGGAGCUGCGGGACAAGUACCUGCAGGAGAUGGAGGACCUUCGGCUGAAGCACCGCACAUUGCAGAAAGACUGCGACCUGUAUAAGCAUCGCAUGGCCACUGUACUGGCCCAGCUGGAGGAGGUGGAGAAGGAGCGGGACCAGGCCAUCCAGAGCCGCGAUCGGAUCCAACUGCAGUACUCACAGAGCCUCAUUGAAAAGGACCAGUACCGAAAGCAGGUGCGGGGGUUGGAGGCCGAGCGGGAUGAGCUGCUGACCACGCUCACCAGCCUGGAGGGCGCCAAGGCCCUGUUGGAGGCACAGCUGCAGCGGACCCAGGGAGGCCCCUGCCUCAAGGCCUGUGCCUCCUCCCAUUCCCUGUGCUCCAACCUCAGCAGCACCUGGAGCCUCAGCGAGUUCCCCUCCCCACUGGGGGGCCCAGAAGCAGCUGGGGAAGCAAGUGCUGGAGGGUCUGAGCCCCACACCUUGGAGGAAGUCACAGACAGUGAGAAGGAGAUCAACCGCCUCUCCAUCCUGCCCUUCCCCCCCAGUGCUGGCUCCAUCCUCCGCCGGCAGCGUGAAGAGGACCCUGAACCCCCAAAGAGGUCCUUCAGCAGCAUGUCGGACAUCACAGGGAGUGUGACACUGAAGCCCUGGUCCCCUGGCCUCUCCUCAUCGUCUUCCUCUGACAGUGUGUGGCCUUUGGGAAAGCCAGAAGGUCUUCUGGGCUGGGGCUGUGGCCUGGACCUCCUCAACAGGUCUUUGGCCUUCCGAGUGUCAGGCUGGAGCCCCCCAGGUCUGGAACCUCAGGUUAAGGUUUCAGAUAGCCUGUCCUUCCUUGGAGACAGAUGGUCUGGGGCAGCGGUGCGGAGGGUGCUGUCUGGGCCUGGGUCUGCCAAGACCGAACUGAGAGAGCCCAAGGCAGAAGCUGCUGACCUGGACGGGGCCAGCCUGGAAGCCGAGGCCCAGCAGAGGACUUUAACCUGGAGCCAGGUGUCCACACUCCCCUUCCUGCUGGACUCAAAGGCCUGCCAGUCCUUCCACGAGGCCCUAGAUGCUUGGGCGAAGGCACCAAGUGGUGAGCCUUUCUACAUUCGAGCCAACCUCACCUUGCCUGAGCGUGCAGACCCCCAUGCCCUUUGCGUGAAAGCCCAAGAAAUCCUUCGUCUGGUGGACCCCGCAUACAAGCGGCGACAGGAGUGGUUCUGCACGCGAGUUGACCCCCUCACACUGCGGGACCUGGACCGGGGCACUGUGCCCAAUUAUCAGAGAGCCCAGCAGCUCCUAGAAGUCCAGGAAAAAUGCAUGUCCUCCAGUCGGCACCGAAGUCCACGUAGUAAUCUGAAGAAGCGAGCCUUGGGGCUGGUGAGGCCCAAGCCUGCAGGGGGGCCUACAGGGGACUCCCCAGAGCAACUGUCACCAGAGCCCUGCUCAGAGCCAGAGCGGAGCCUCAAACCCUACAGCCUGGUGCGGCCAUUGUUGGUGUCCACACUGCGGCCUGUGGUGCUGCUACCUGAGUGCCUGGCGCCCCGGCUCAUCCGCAACCUGCUGGACCUGCCUAGCUCCCGGCUGGACUUCCAGCUGUGCCCUGCAGAAAGCCUCUCUGGGGAGGAACAAGGUGCAUCCUCAGCUCCUGGAGCCCCCAAGGCCCAGUCUGCCAUCCUUGGGCUGGGCAGCAGGAUCCGUGCCAUCCAGGAGUCUGUUGGGAAGAAAAAGCACUGCCUGUUGGAGCUGGGCAUGCAGGGUGUGCGGGAGCUGGUCCAGAGCGAGGUCUACCCCAUUGUCAUUCAUGUAGAGGUGACGGAGAAGAACGUCCGAGAAGUCAGGGGCCUGCUGGGCCGGCCAGGCUGGCGGGAUUCAGAGCUGCUGAGGCAGUGCCGCGGCUCGGAGCAAGUGCUUUGGGGGCUGCCCUGCUCGUGGGUGCAGGUGCCCGCCCAUGCGUGGGGCCAUGCAGAGGAGCUGGCCAAGGUGGUACGUGGUCGCAUCCUGCAGGAGCAGGCCCGCCUCGUGUGGGUAGAACGAGGCAGCAGUGGUGGCAGCAGCAAUAGCAGUGAGGCCUGA